ACCAAUCAGCGCAGGGCGGAGGACAACAGUUGAGUUUGGAGAUGGCGCCCAGCUCGAAAUCAGAAAAGGACGAAGGAAAAACAAAAGCUCAAAGAAAACACAAAGAGCACGUCGUGAAGCUCCUAGUCCGCGGAAAGCUGUCUGGACACUUUCCCCAGCGCCGCUUUAGGAAACUUCCACCACGAGUGUGCGUCCCAUUGAAAAACAUCGUCAGUGAGGAGUUCCUUACAGCAGGACAUAUAUUUCUUGGGUUCACCAAAUGUGGUCGAUAUGUUCUGUCGUACACAAGUGACUGCGGAGAAGAUGAUGAUUUUUCUUUCUACACCUACCAUCUCUACUGGUGGGAGUUUAACUUGCACAGUAGACUCAAGCAGGUCCAUCAUGUCCGGCUGUUUGCAGGGGAGGAAAUUUAUAGUGACCUUUACCUCACUGUUUGUGAAUGGCCAAAUGACACAUCGAAAAUUGUCAUCUUUGGAUUUAAUACACGCAGUUCAAGUUCUGUUCUGAUGAAUCUAAUGAUGAGCGAUGAGAACAACAGAGACAUUUAUAUUACAAUUGCCUCGAUGCCGCCUCCUAAACCAUGCUCUCAGUGCUCCCCUGUUCCUUCAGCUUCAACUAUACGCACUGGGGGAGGUGAUUGUCUAGAGCAUGGCUAUGUGCUCAACAGUCGCUACCAGGUGGUGUACCCCUUUCCUACUUUCCAACCAGCUUUCCAGUUGAAGAAGGACCAGGUUAUACUACUAAACACGAGUUACUCACUGGUUGCCUGUGCAAUCUCUCUCUGCGCAGGAAACCAAGAUACAUCUCCUCAAAUCCUCUACACAAAAAAGUUAUCUUCCCCCAACUUCGGCCCAGCCUCUGCUCCUUUGUCCUCAGUACCCCAGAGAUCUCCUGAAAGAAGACAGCCCCCGCAAAGCCCCUGCCCCGUGUCCACACCUCAUAGCCAGUCCCAAGCUGCUGCUCGUGCCCGGGAAUUUGCCGCAGAUCUUUUUAGGCGAGCCCAAGCCAGUGGAGUAGUGGGAGAAAAAGAAGAGGAAAAGCGAGUGGGUUCUGACGAAAAAGUCAGAAGCACAAGAGAUAAAGGACAUGUGGAGAUGCCAAAGCUGGAGAGACAGACAAGUUUUCCUCAAGCAUCAACGUCAGCUCAUAGUUUAGCCCCGGGACCACCACCUGCUCCCUCCUCCUCUUCGUCACCACCAACGCAAGCACCAACUGAAGGCACCUCUACUGAGCCGGGAUAUGUCAACUACUCACACCUGCAGUACUGUCUCCCACGGCCAGGGGCAUCCGAGCAGGGUGCAGGACAGAUUGGAGGAGGUUAUGAAGAUGAUAAGGUUCAGCUGCCCUUCACAGUCACUGAUCUCAAAGAAAACCUUGAACUUGUAAAUGGGACAUAUAAUGGACAGUGCGUCUCUGUAGAGCAGUUAACCCUGGACUUUGAAUAUCUUAUCAAUGAGGUGAUCAGAUAUGAUGCAUCCUGGGCCUCUCAGUUCUGCUCUUUCAGUGACUAUGAUGUUGUGAUUUUGGAAGUAUGUCCAGAGACAAAUAUCGUUAUGAUCAACAUCGGGCUGUUGUUACUGGCCUUCUCCAAUUCAGACGAGGAACACUGCAGACCAAACACAUACCACUCAAACCUGCGGGUCAGCUGGGACCUUAACACUGGUGUAUGCUGCACUGUUGGUGUGGGAGACCUGACUGAGGUCAAAGGCCAGACCAGUGGCAGUGUGUGGAGCUCCUAUAGAAAAACCUGCGUUAACACUGUCAUGAAGUGGCUGGUUCCUGAAAGUGGAUCUCGCUACAUCAAUCGAAUGACUAAUGAAGCUCUACAUAAAGGCUCAUCGCUUCAAGUGUUGGCAGAUAGCGACAGAUGCACCUGGAUUGUACUAUGAAACUGGACUUUUGGCAGAAGCCAAGAUGUACUUAAUAAAUAUAACUUGUCAAACUCUAAAUAA